UGGCUCCAUGGUGUAUUAGAUAAACUUCGCUCUGUUACAACUGAGCCCUCUAGUCUCAAGUCUUCAGACACCAGCAUCUUUGAUAGUAACGUGCCUUCAAACAAGAGCAGCUUUAGUCGAGGAGAUGAGAGACGGCCUGAAGCUGCAGUCCCUCCCCUUGCUGUUUCUAGCUCUAGGCCUGAAAAAAAGAGAUUCCAGAGUUUCUACAAGUUCGCAGGAACAGAAAUCCACUAAUGUCAGACAUUCUUAUGAUGGUGGAGCUUCAACCCGGCUAAUGUCAACAGUGAAACCUCUAAGGGAGCCAGCACCCUCUGAAUAUGUGAUUGAUAUCAAGCCAGAACCAGAUGAUCUCAUUGAUGAAGACCUUAAUUUUGUGCAGGAGAAUCCCUUAUCUCAGAGAAAACCUACAGUGACACUUACGUAUGGUUCUUCUCGCCCUUCUAUUGAAAUUUAUCGGCCACCUGCAAGUAGAAAUGCAGACACUAGCACUCAUAUAAACAGGCUGCAACUUCAUCAGCAGCAAAACAGUACUCACGCUGCCAAGCAGCUGGAUGUGCAGAGCAGCCAGGUGUACGAAGAAGGACGCUUAUGUGAACCAGAAGUGCUGAGCAGCGUAGACGACACUUACAGCCCCUUCUUCAGAAACAACUUGGAUAAGAUGAGUAUUGAGGACGAAAACUUUCGGAAGAGAAAGUUGCCUGUGGUAAGUUCAGUUGUAAAAGUAAAAAGAUUCAGUCAUGAUGGAGAAGAGGAAGAGGAAGAUGAGGAUUAUGGCUCCCGGAUAGGAAGUUUGUCCAGCAGUGUGUCGGUGCCAGCAAAGCCUGAGAGGAGACCUUCUCUUCCACCUUCUAAACAAGCUAACAAGAACCUCAUUUUGAAGGCUAUCUCUGAAGCUCAAGAGUCUGUCACAAAAACAACUAACUAUUCUGCAGUUCCACAGAAACAGACACUUCCAGUUGCUCCCAGAACUCAAACUUCUCAAGAAGAAUUGCUAGUGGAAAUGGUCCAGGGGCAAAGCAGGGCCCCCAGAAUAAGUCCUCCUGUUAAAGAGGAGGAAGCAAAAGGAGAUGGUACAGAAAAAAUUCAAGGCACUCAGCAGAGGCAGUUUUUAUCCCGACUGCAGAUUGACCCAGUAGUGGUACAGACAAUGGAGAUGAGCCCAGCUGAGAUGACUGACCCGAGUGUGGCACAAAAACCAGAAAAGCUUCUGGAACGUUGCAAGUACUGGUCUGCUUGUAAAAAUGGGGAUGAGUGUGUAUACCAUCAUCCCAUUUCACCUUGCAAAGCCUUUCCCAAUUGUAAAUUUGCUGAAAAAUGUUUGUUUGUGCAUCCAAACUGUAAAUAUGAUGCAAAGUGUACUAAACCAGAUUGUCUCUUCACACACAUCAGUAGAAGAAUUCCAGUACUGACUUCAUCACCAGCACCAUCUUCUAAUGGUCAGCUCUGCCGUUACUUCCCAGCUUGUAAGAAAAUGGAAUGUCCCUUCUACCACCCAAAACACUGUAGGUUUAAUACUCAGUGUACAAGACCAGACUGCACAUUUUACCACCCCACCAUUACUGUACCACCAAGACAUGCCUUGAAAUGGAUUCGGCCUCAAACUAGCGAAUGAUGCCAUAGUCCUACCUGGCAAGAAGAUCAUGGAGUUUGAAAGCUUCCAUCUUCUGAGAGAUACUCUACAGAACUUGUCACGUCUUUGAAAUUUAGAAUAUAUUGCUUUCAUAAUAUGAAUUUUGUUGCCUAACUGAAGUGUCUAAUUUUUCAAGUGUGUAAGUUUAUUAAGUGGUUUCAACAUUUUUUGUUUGUUUGUUUUGACGAUGAAAAAGACAGUUUUG